AUCAAAAUAGAGUUUUAAUCGUAUAUACGGGUGGAUCAAAUUGAUUUAAACCCGUGAUUAAAUGAGUGAUACAUAAUGUAGAAUCGAUUCAUAUAUUGUGUCAGGAUUGUGUAGCAUAAACAGUUUGUACAAUUAUAUAAAUUGGUAUGCCCGUUAAUUGCAUGAAUGUGUACGUCUCGGAUAUUCUUGUACUGGAUAUUGUUUAAGCUAUAUGUGUCCUGUAUAAUAAAAUUAUGGAUAUAGCACGAGUUGGCAUCCGCGUUGUCAGAGGUCCCGACUGGAGCAAGGGUGAAGAGGAUGGGGGUGAAGGUCACGUGGGUACAGUUAAAGAUGUUUACGCUAACAAGACUGUCGGAGUCUUUUGGGACAAUGGCAAAUUUGGAACAUACAGUAUCGGGAAGGACAGCAAAUAUGAACUCCGCGUUUAUGACAACACUUUAAUAGGACAAAACCAUGCCGGCAUAAGAUGCGGGUGUUGUAAGGAGAUGGAUUGCAUGGGUGUAGUAUGGGCGUGUCAGGAAUGCCCCGGUAUUUAUCUCUGCAACAGCUGCUACUGUGGUGACCGACAUGAUAUAAGACACCCAUGCAAAAGGAUUUCCUCGCCUACAGAAAACGGUGUCGCCGUUGCAAAAAGGUCAGCUAGUUACAAAGUUCGAUCAACUGGAUUAUUUCUGGGGGCAAAAGUGAAACGAUUGCCAAUCAACGAGAAACAGUGUACACAACAUUUGAUGAGUACUCAACAGUCAUGUGAAGGUGGUACAUUAAUUUACUCACGUGAAGACGAUGGAGGAUUAGGAACAGUAACAGAGGUAAUUUCGAACGGUGAGAACGAAGGUGAUCGUAAAGCUGUGAAGGUCACGUGGUCUAACAACGAAAUGUCAAUAUGUUGCCCUGGGGAAGACGUUUUCUGUGUUGAAGAGAUGCCCGGAUUGUCAUACUACAGAGACCAUAUUCCUGUUCUUCGUUGUGAACAGGAUGACGAAGAAGAGAAAAAUACAGAAACCAAUUUUAAUCCUGCGAUAAAAAACAACAAAAUGACAAACAAAUCCACGGGUUAUGAUGACAAACCUAGUCAGCAUGAAAACAUUAGAAUUGACAAUAAUGAAACAGCUGCCGAACUGAAAAUUGAAAUUAAGAUAGGGGAUCAAGUGCGAGUCAUUGAUAACCUCGAACUUGUUAGAGCAUCGUUGAAAGAACAAUGGAGUGACAGCAUGAACGAUGUGAUCGGCAAGAUUGGAAUCAUAGCGCAAAUAUGUUCAGAUGGUAAUCUGGAGGUUGCUUUUGUUGGCAAAUCUUGGGUAUUUACGCCGGACUGUUGUGAAGUUGUCUCAGAAACGAAGUCGACCAGACCAUGCAAUACGGGGGAUGUGCUCGACACGGCGCCCGCCAGAAAUACCAUUCUGAACAAUUCGGAUCGUGCACUACAUCAUUUAGUAGGUGCACUUGGCGGAGAGGAACUAGCAACGGCAUUGGAACGGCUCUGUGAACAAUAUCCGUCACCUACAGAUGUACCACCUGGCUUCCUUUUCCAUGCGGUUUUGAACAAUAAUGCAGCCGUAUCAUUUCUUACUGCGACCCGAUGUCCUCAUUUGGUCAAUGCCAAGCACGACGACUGCACUGCACUGAUGUUUGCCUGUCAAAAAGGACACACAGAUAUCGCUAAAGUGCUAUUAAACUGCAACGCUGAUGUUAACAUCAAAAACUCCAAAGGAACUACUUCCCUUAUACUGGCCCUAGUGAAUGGUCACGAGCAGACGGCUCUGUUGCUACUCGAAGCGGGUGCUGAAGUCAAUUACAAAGACAUCCAGGGAAGAGUUCCUUUGCACUAUGCUUCACUCAAAUCAUCAACUGCUGUUAUAAAAAAAUUAAUUAUCAGGAAUGUCAACGUUAAUGCGCAGGAUGGCAACGGUGAUACACCCCUGAAUAUGGCAGUAUUGGCAGGCAAUGUUGCAGUGGCUGCUGAACUUAUACAGUGUCGGAACGUGAACCUUCUAAUAAAGAACAAACAAGGACAAACCGCAGUGUUCCUCGCCGCAAUUAAAAAUGAUGUGGCAACAACAGAAGCUAUUCUUCAGCGAUGUUCUGUACAGAAAUACCCAACAAUUGCAGAUGGGACGAUACAGGCCGCCACAUAUCACAAUAAUUUGGACGUUGUCCGUUUACUCAUAAAGAUGGGAGUUGAUGUAAAUCGUUCAAGUGAAGAUCAUUUACUUCCUUUACAUGAUGCUUGCUUAUCUGGAAACUUUGAGAUCUCUAAACUACUACUUAUAGCAGGUGCGGACGUAAACAAAAAAGACAUCAGUGGAGUAACACCUCUUCAUCUGUGUGUUUCACCUGAUUCACCGUACUUAAAUGCAACGGAGCAGACGGAGGUUUUUAAAACCAAUUUGAAAGCGACAACAGAAAUGAACGUCCGUAAUAAUACAACAGAGAAGCUUCAAGAGCGGACAGACUUAGCAUGUUUCCUUGUAAAACAUGGAGCGCGUGUGGAUAUUCUGGACGGCUUUGAUAAUACUCCACUAGAAGUUUGCAAAGAUCAGCAAAUGAAGGACCACAUUAUCCAGCAUGUUAAACUCCAUCGUGCAAGAGGCACAGAAGGGAUCAACCUUUAUGACCGGCUGUUAUCAAGAAUGGCGGUUCCAUGUGUCCAAUGCAAGACCAUCUUGUCGAACAUGCGGAUUGUCCCAUGCGGACAUAUUGUGAUUUGUCUAAAAUGCAUACCUACAUUGCGUGCUAACGAAUGUCCGAGAUGCAACACGCGUAUCGAAGAGUCAAUCUGUUUAUGUUAAUUCUUAAGUUGAUUUGAAUUUGCCAUAUUAAAUGUGCAUGGAAUGCCUACAGUAUAAUUAAUGAAGAUAUAUUUUCAUAACGCUUAUAAUGUACAUAUUUCUGAUUCUAAAACGCGUUUCUAAAUUUUUUCUAAUAGCGUUUUGUAUUUUCGAUCAAGUAAUUGAAGAGUUGAUCUGAUGAAAUUAUUGCUUAUUUAUCUCGUCACUUUAUUAAUUGCAUGUUAAUAGAAUAUAUGAACAUUUGACUAGACUAAAUAUACUAUUGAUAGUGCUAUAUUUUAUUUGCAUAAUUGUAUGUAAUAUUGGUUGCAUAUCCUUUGGAUAUCUCCAUCAAACUUAAUAAGUAUGUGUUAAUUACAGUCGUGACGAGUAUAUACGAGUCUUAUUAAAAACAGCACGCACGCUCCUGUGAUUGUGGUUAGGCUAUUAUAAACAUAUGGAAAGACUCUGUCAAAUUCAGAUUACUUUAGUACGCUAGUAGGAAGCGAAAAGUGUACGUACGUGUGGUUUUAUUAAUGCUGUAUUCCCAUAAAUAUGGUAAUCGACCCCAGGUAUGUAAUUAUUCGGAAGACGUAGAACAUUGAGUCCGCUGUCAGACUCGAUUAUCAUUUUUUUACUGAAAAUUAAACUUCUUACAGAUAUCAGGUCUACCUACUUUCAAUAGUAAUAUGAUGUAAUCUAGAAACCUGUAACCAUGUGCAGUUUUUCACUCAUUAAUAUUCCGCCGAUAACUGUGCUAACAUGAUUGAACUUAACUGACCUCAUGAACCGCAUAGUGUCUUCAUCUACAUCUUCUUUUAAUUGUAAUUGUUGGAAAGGUAUGCAUCUCCUUAAUUAGAUUUUUCUUCACCACUCUUGCGUGUAUAUUUUGAUUGUUAAAGCUAACUAAACAUUUAUAAAUAAACACUUAUUAUAUCAA